AUGGAAGACAAAUUAGAAAAUGAGAUAAAUCUUCAGGAGGACAAAGAAUCUAGGGUCAGAAAAGAGACAGAGGUCAAUAUUCCAAAUCAGAAAGCUAAAGAGGAAAAAUGCUUAAAACAGGAAAAUGCUGGAACAGAUCAAAUUAAGAUAGAGGGAAUGGAGCAAGAAAAUGAGUUCGCAGAAGAAAAGGAUGAAAGCAAGAAUAGAGGAAGAAAAGGAAAAGACGAACAAAAAUAUUUUAUUGAAAAACCAAAAACUAAAGAGGAAAUUAGUGUAAAACAAACCGUUACUGGGACGGAAAACGAAGAGAAAAGAAAAGUACAAAAAGACAAGAAAACUAAAGAAGAAAAAUUAGGCAAAGGAAAAAGUAAACACAUGAAAGACAAACUUGAACAAAAAGUAGAAGUUAAUCAUGAGGCAGAGAAAAAUAAUCAGGAAGACAAAGCAAUGGGAUUUGACCUACAAGACGACUAUAGUAUAGAUAAGAAAGCAUCAAAAACGCGGCGGCAAAGGGAUACAGACAAUGUUUCGAUGAAAAUACCAGAUAUGAAUGAAUUUUCUUUGGAAAAUGUAAAAAUUAAUUCAGCUGCUCAGCAAGAAACUACACAGCAUUAUAUCAAAGAGUAUCAUUAUGAACCUACGGGGCGACACAAAUCAGAUGAUAGUGAAAAACCUAGAUUCAUUGAUCACAGUCAUCGAGAUUAUACAAUGGAAUUCGUUAGACCUUCAGGAUAUAGAGAAAGAUCUUUUGGUGUCGAUAAUAUUGUAACUGAUAGAGAAAACAUUGGCAAAAGUCCAGCUAUUUACAAAGCGGGCGCACUUAAGUUAGAUGCGCAACUACGAUCCUCACUGCCCCCACUAUCCAGUCCCAUCACUAAAAACAGUGAAUCUUCAGAACGUAGGUCAGAAACGAGACUGCGAUCGAAAGCUUUGAGUGAGGCUAGAAGUAUUAUGUCUGAGAAAAGAAGUAGUGGUGUGCGUGAUAUUAAGAGAAAGCCGGUAUUCUCCACUUAUCUCACAGAUCGAACUGCAGUAGAAGGAUCUAGGGUCAAGUUAACUUGUAGUGUGUUGUCAUCAACUGAUCCAAUAGUAACUUGGUACAGAAAUGGUGUGCCUUUAGACGACAAACUGAAGUAUAAGACUAAAAUAAUGAACGGAUUGAUUACUCUGGAGGUCCUUAAUGCAGUUCCUAGAGAUUCUGCUGAAUACACUUGUACUGUUGAGAAUGAAAAUGGCACCGUGAAUACCUCAGCUAAUCUCAAAGUUUAUCCCAGCUUCGAAGCAUCUCCUAUACCACCUACAUUCACCCGUUCUAUUCGCGAUACUUAUCAUUUGGCUGAAAACGAGUUAGUUCUGGAGUGUCGCAUUCGAGGUCAGCCUCUUCCUACUAUAACUUGGAUGAAGAAUGACAAGCCAGUGAGCUCCGACGACAGGUUCCAAGCUUAUUAUCUGGCAGACGGUGUGUGCAGAUUAGCUAUCUCUCACCCCACACCAGAAGACAGCGGGAAGUAUACAUGCAAAGCUGAAAACUCUGUUUGGUCAGAUCAAAUCACUCACGUUGUCAACUUUACGGGAAAAGAACGCCGCCUCAGUCCAAACUUAACGACUGUCGAAAAAUCUCGCCAGUCACGUCAUAUAUUUGAAUCUCGAAAACCACACUUCGGCAACGUCCUGAGCGAUUACAAAGUCACAAGCGGUGGUACGAUUGGACUUCAAGUCGAAAUCCAAGGAUCACCGACUAGAGUGGAGUGGUUACGGGAAGGUCGUUCUGUGACCGCCGUCUAUUCAAACGCAAGGACAAUGGUUGAACACGGACUGUACACCCUCGCUCUGUCUGAUGUCACCGAAAAAGACUCCGGAAUGUUUACAUGUAGAGCAUUCAGCAGUCACGGUAUUGUCGAUAUGAACGCUGCAAUUACCGUGGUCCAACCCGGUGAGUUAUCCGGUAAGCCUGCUAUUAUAGUAGGAAGACCCGAGAAAGAAGUUCAAAUAUCUAUCGGCGAAGACCUCAAUAUAUCGUUUAGGGUUCAAGGGGAACCUAAACCGAAGGUGAUCUUCAUGAAAGGUAUCCGGGACAUCACGAACAGUCAGCGUGUCUGUAAGAUGACUUUAGACGAUUACGUGAAGUUUAGCGUGAAGAGAUCCGUCAUAUCAGAUGCUGGCACAUACUGCAUUCUAGCGAGAAAUGCCUACGGCUGCGAUAGAGCUUUCGUAACUGUCAUGAUAAGACAGAGAGCAUCCUCCGAUAACUUAAUAUCAGACUGGACAUAUCCGAGUGAUGAUGCAAUCUUAAAUGUUACCGAGAGGAAAUACAAAUCUGUGCCUGAACGCAUCCCGGGCGAACCGACGGUCGUGGACGGGGGAAAUAAGUGGGCUUCCCUCGCGUGGCCGAAACCCGACUGCAGCGCGACGGCGCCCGUCCUGGCAUACAAGGUCGAGAGCUGGCUGGUGGGCAAGGAAGGAGGCGCACGCUGGACCGAACUGGGCAUCACGCCACUUAACUCGUUCGACGCAUUCAAUUUGAAACAAGGAGAACAGUACCACUUUAGAGUGACGCCCCGCAACAGAUACGGCUGGGGUGAAUCUGUGCAAACUAGUACACCUGUCGGGGUCGGCUCGGCCGGAGACAGGCCAGAGUUCGUCGAUAUUUUGCCCGGGCAGUUGAAGGUUUUGGUCGGACGAAUGGCGAGCUUGAGCUGUAGCGUUAAAGGGAAACCGACACCAGAAGUUGUUUGGAUGAAGAACGGGCACGAGAUCGAGGACGGCGAUAGGAGAGUGAAGAGUUCCUUCAACGGCUACGACUGCAAGCUGACCAUCGACGACAUAACAGCGGAAGAUGAGGCACGUUACAGCUGCGAGGCGACCAAUCCGCACGGUCGAGCGUCCACGUACGCCAGGCUCGCCGUUGUCACUGACCGGCUCGUUUGGGAAGCCGAUUCAAAGCUCAAAAGGGAACGAUCGUCGGACGGCGGUGGCGAGUACCCGCCGCAGUUCACGAUGCGCCUGCGCGACCGGCGCGUGCAGACCACCUAUCCGGUGCGGCUCACGUGCCAGGUGGUGGGGAGCCCUCCCCCCACCCUCACUUGGUACAAGGACGGCCAGGAAGUCACGUUGGACGGUCGUCACACCGCGUCGCAGGAUGAACACUUCCACACGCUCGAGAUAGCACCGACCACGCUGGAGGACGGCGGCGUGUACGAGGCCAUGGCGAGGAACAGCUGCGGCGCCAUCAGCUGCCGCUGCAGUCUGGUGGUGGACAAAGGGAUCAGGGCUUACGUCGCUCCAGAAUUCUGUUGCGGCUUGGAGCCAUUGUAUACACUUUAUGAAGGCGAGGAGCUCAGGAUAUCAGCGGUAGUAGAGGCGUACCCGUCGGUGGGUGUGACGUGGUACAGGGACGGUGUGCGGCUGCGGCCGAGUCGCCGGGCGGUCAUGACCUUGGACCGGGACGGCCAGAUAGAGCUCGCGCUGGCCUCCCUCACCGCGCGCGACGCGGGCGUCUACUCCUGCACCGCGUCCAACGAGGUCGGCAGAGCCACCACCUCGGGCAAAGUGGAGGUCGUAGCCAACGGAGCGACCUCCCGCUCCGACGUGAUCGUGAGCCCGCCCGUCCUGCUCAGCCCGGACGUGCCAUAUUCCAAAGAGCCGAUGUUCGUGAGGAAACCUCGGUCGAGUGAGGCCAGGGAGGGCGACACUGUGAUCAUACAGUGCGAGGUGGUGGGAGACCCCAAGCCCGACGUCUACUGGCUGAGAGAUUUCCUUAAGCCGGAUUACUAUAGGGACGCGACUCACUUCAGGCGCGUGGGCGAGGGGCCCGAGUACAGGUUCGAGAUCCCGCACGCCAAGCUCGACUACACCGGCGCCUACUCGGUGGUGGCCCAGAACGUGCACGGUCAGACGAAGGCGAUCAUAUCGCUGCAGGUAUUGGCCAAAGAUAUAAGCUGUACAGAAGAACAUAACAUAAGAUAUGGGCGUGUGGACGUGAUCCCUCGGUUCGAGAGGGAGUUAACGGACCUGCUGUGUCACGACGGUGAUGCGGUGGAAUUCCAGUGCAUGGUCUCCGGAGACCCAGAACCUGACAUCAGGUGGUUCCACUAUACCGAGUUGAUCCGCGAGUGUCCCGACUUCGAGUGCUCGUACGAGGGGGGCGCGGCCAGGUUCAGGAUAAGGCAGGUGACCGCCGACGACGAGGGCACGUACCGGUGCGAGGCGCACAACCGCCUCGGCAAGGCCGUCUCCACAGCCUGCCUCGUCGUAUACCCGCCCGGCGAGCCCAACACGCUGAGCCAGCGGCUGCGGCGGCCGCCGGCGCUGCGCUCCGCGGCGUCCACGCCCCGCUCCACGCCGCGGCACACGCCCGCGCGCUCCCUCUCCAGGACACCGGGACCAGAGGCGAUGGACCAGAGGCGGGCGUGCAGUCCGUCACGGCAAAUGGCGCCGAAGUUCUACACGUACCCGUUCAACAAGGUGGUGGAAGAGGGGGAGCACGUGGUGUUCCAGUGCGCAGUGAGGGGCCUGCCCGCCCCGUGGGCCACGUGGGACAAGGACGGCAUCAUCGUCACGCCCUCCUCGCGAAUCACGAUCAGGGAGAAGGACGAGAUACUGAGGAUCUUGGAAAUAGAACAAGUCACCGUAGAGGACGUCGGCCUGUACAGGAUCACUCUGGAGAACGACUACGGCAGAGUGGAGGCGUCCGCGCGGCUGGAGGUCAUCACGCAGCAGGGCAAGUUCUAUGCGGGCGUCAGGUCUUACAGCGCCUCCCCCAGGAGAGCCCACUCCUCCAGGAGGAUGCCCUCUCUGACCAGACAAGACUGAUUCCAAUUAACAAUUCGAAAACUGAUAUAAUUACAAACCCGAGGAAACGGCGCCAAGAUCUUAUUAGAAAGUCAUUUUUUCUCUAAUUUAUUGUUAUUAUUUGUUCGUGCAUUUUAUCAUUACCUAUUUAUUGUCUUCGUGUUACUAUUAUUUAGAUAUGUUUUUUAUCACGUUAACCGACAAAAGUUGUUUCACGUCGAAAGUUUUUUGAAAUUUAGCUAAGUAACUAAUUAUUUAUUUAAAUGUUAUAUUUACCGUUACUUAUUGUAUGAUAUAGUCGUUUUUUAUCUCAAUAAACUUACUCAUAGGAUGCGUUGUCUUGGUAGGUUAUUUUUUAAUGUUGUGUUUAUAUUUGUUUUUAAGCGGGACAUGUUUUUAUACACAUACUACUACUACGAGUGAAACAACUUAAAUUUUAUAUUUUUAGGUUGUAAAUUAGUAUUAUUAUAAAAGGUACCUUAUAAUUGUUUUUGGUGGACAAAAGAAACGACGUUUUAGCGCUCUUCAAAGAGGGACAUUGUGGAAAUAUAUACCGAAUAU